AUGGGUUUGCCAGGAUUUCCACUUGGGAGUUUGGUUGCAACCCCUCCAGCUGUAACUGAGUCUGAUGCUUCAGUUACUUUUAGGUUGCGUGAUACUGAGGAGUCCCGGAAGAUUUGGGAUUUCAAGUUUAUACUGGACUUUAAGGUAGUGCUGGAGAAGGAUAAACUAAGGUUGGAGCUGAACCUGGAGAAUACUGGAAACAAGGAGAUUAUAUUUACUACCGCCCUUCAUACCUACUUCAGGGUUGAUGAUGUAACAGCUUCGCGAGUAAGUGGGUUGACCGGCCUGCAGUUUGUAGAUAAAACUAUAUCUGGAACACCUACACUUCCAGAGACUAGGGAUAAGGUUGAGUUGACCGGGUGGACGGAUCGUGUUUACCUGGGACCUGCUCCACCCUUGACUGUUGAGGGCGUGUCCGGGGGGAGGGUUGAGCUGACCAGUUCAGGGCUACCAGAUGCUGUAGUCUGGAAUCCAUGGAAGGAAAAGGCUGGUGAAAUGUCUGAUCUAGGAGGGGAGGUGUGGCCUAGUUUCCUGUGUGUAGAGGCGGGACAGUGUGUACAACCAAUUCAUGUACAAGCAGGGCAGAACUGGUCGGCUGUACAUACCAUACAGUACACACAAAAUUAAAUUGUCAGUACAUGUUUAGUUUUAGUUUUGUACUUAGUUUAAAUGACAAAACUAUAAAGUAUUAAUUAUGAA